UCUGUUGUCUUCGGGAGCACUGAUUGGUUCAGAUUUUAGUCGCAUCUAAAUUGCGUCAAGCUCCGUUGCUUCAACACGUUUUACAUUUGCCGAUAGUCGUCCACUUGUUGAGGUAAUCAUGGCGAAGAAUAAACAAAAAGGCAAAAAGCAGCAGAAUGUUUUCCGAGUGGCCAACAAACAGACAAAACAAAAGAAUAAGGCAAAACCUGUCACUUCAACUCUCAAACACAUCAAUAAAGUGAAGAAUGAGAAGGUGGAGAACCUGAAUAAAAUAUUUACAGAGGUCCAACAGGAUGUCAGAAAUGUAUCGAAAUGCACUGCUCCGGUGCCCAGAAAGCCAACACCGGUUGUCCGUGAAGCCCCGAAAGAGUCUGCGAAUGUGGACGGCGCUGCCCAGCUGUUCUCUCAGCUAUAGUGCGGAAUGGCUGCAUGAAAUGAAAUCUAGUUACAAUUCGAACAUUCCACACUGCCCCAUUCACAUAAGGGGCAUCAUCUCCAAUUUGUGUAGAAUGUAAUAUGACUAAUAUCAUAUGAUGACAAUAUGUAAAUAUGGUGAUAUUAAAAAAAGAAAUGUGUGCAGAUAUUCGAAGAAUGUAAAGGAUGAAUUUGUGAGAGGUUGACACAUGCUGUAAAAUGAUAGAUUCCCUGUUGGAUACAUCUGUCGAAUAUAAUGAUCAACAACCUUAAGGUGUCUGUUGCAUGUAUCAAUGCUGAUAUUGAUCUCUUCACAAGACUAUGCUGCCAAUGCUGAAUGUCAGGGUCUUAGUAGCACACACUAUUUAGUUUUUGAAGGUAGUUUUUAUUGGAUUUUCACUCUUGAUGAGAUAUUGUACUAAUUAUUAAGUUGUUCUUGGAUAAUCUACUGAAUGAUGCAUGGGUCUAUCAGUAAAUCACUCGUUCUUCUCCUUUUUAAAUAUCUUUGGGAGAACUACAUCUCGGCGCAGCUUGCUGGUAGUGGCUGGUUUUAAGUAUGCUGGGCACAUUCAGCGGUAGCCAGUUGGUGGUGCUUUACUGAUGUGCUCCUGAUUGCCUGUCUCUCUGUGGACAGCCACCUGUGUAAGCAUGGGGCUGUCACAAGACAUACGUGUGCCUGGGAAAUGCUGCAACCGAGAUUACAUUUGCAUUUUACAGCUUG